AUGGCGGACAUCUUGAUUCUUCAUAAGAUGGUUAACGGUGCUCUAGACUGCCCUCGUCUUCUCUCUCUUCUCGAGUUUCGAAUUCCGACAUCCACUCGUUCCGGGGACAUCUUUUUCAAGAGGGCACUUCCUUCUCUUUACAGCUACUACAGCUGUAUUCCCAGACUUAUGAGAGAAGGUGAUGUCUGUAAGCAAUCAGGCGGGAAGACCUGGAUCUGCAAGCCAGUGAUGAAUUGUCCCAAGGCUAUCCAAGACCUUAAAAAGAGAAGAAAAGUCAUACAGUGUCGCUUCACAACUCCUCAACCAGUCGUUUGCUGUGAGCCUUUAGAUAGUCCGAAGCCCCCUCCUCCACCGCCUGUGACUGGAACAAAUUUUUCAUGGCCUUCGCCUGCGGGAUCUAAGAGUAAACAGAAAUGCAGGGAAUACGCAGAGUUUGUAUUUGUGAAAAGUGCUGGCUUUAUCCAAGCUAAGGAAGAAAAGAUUGAUACCUGCGUAAUCGGAGAACCUCUCAUCACCAAAGGAGAGAACGCACAACCUCGGGAGUAUCCACAUAUGGCUUUGAUAGGCUACGGGAAUAGAGACUCUAUCGAGUGGUUAUGCGGAGGCAGCUUGAUCAGCAGGAGAUUCGUGAUUAGCGCGGGUCACUGCACUGACAGCGGAACCAAAGGACUGGCCAGGUGGGUGCGACUAGGAGAUUAUGACAUUUCCACCACGUCAGAUGACAAGCAAAAUCUGUCCAAGUCUGAACAGUACGAGAUCAUAGAGAGAAUCAACCAUCCAGAUUAUCAAAGUCCUAUCGCGUACCAUGACCUCGCUCUCUAUAGGUUGAACCGGGAAGUACAUCUAAACGAGUAUAUCAGACCCAUCUGUCUCCAUACGGGAGACAAGAUUGCUGGGGAUGGUUAUGCCCUUGCUACUGGAUGGGGUAGUCUGGGAUGGUUACGUAAAGGUAGUCAGGUGCUACAGAAAGUGAAAUUGCAGCUUAAACCAUUUAAUGUCUGCAAGGCAUCCUACAGGGCCGGACCCAAAUUACAAAAUGGUAUACAAGAGUCUUCCCAGUUCUGUGCCGGAGACUCGAUAAACAGUGGAGACACCUGCCCGGGUGAUUCUGGCGGGCCGCUCCAAGCUGCCCUGGAGACACCUUAUUGCAUGUACAGCCUAAUAGGUGUCACCUCCCUUGGUGGCAAACCGUGUGGCGGGAACAGGCCUAGCGUCUUCACAAGAGUCUCUAAUUACGUCUCCUGGAUAGAGAGUAUCGUCUGGCCUUAAUUUCUCUCAGAUAUGAAGAUCGGAGUGAUGCAGUAUU